AGCCAGCAUACCCUGCGGUUCUCCAGGACCAGGGUUGCCGACCCCUGGUGUAGUCCAUCCGGAUUUGAAAUAGUGUUUGGGUUUGUGCAUCUUAGUUCAGCCACCAUCUCUGCACCUGGAGGACGUGACGGCUAUCGCUUCCAUGGAUACAAGAUGAGACAAACCAAAACCCAGUUGUUUUGUUGCGUUACAAGUAUAGCAAGCUAGGUAACUUCCCUGCUACAGCGUUUAUACGUAGUUUAAAAUUUAGUGGAUGACCUUGCCCAUCAGCAUGUCGAACAGGACUUACAAUGAGAUGUGGGGAGAUGCCCAGGGGGAGCUUAACAAUUUGCUGACCCAGGAGCUGGCUGAGCAAGUACACCCUGAGAGGGACAGAGUUGUUUUCUUCCAGUGUUUGGUCACCCUCUAUGUGCGUUAUGUGAGAAUAUUUAGGCAGCUGGAGGUAGCAUUUGAUCAGAUUGUGCACCCCCAGAAGAGAAAGGUCAUCCGGGCUGUUUUGGAUGGUGUGAUGGGCCGUGUGCUGGAGCUCAAGAAUGAAAUGGUGGAGAAGGAGUUUUCUGAGUACCAUUACAUGGAUGAUGUCAUCCAAGACUUGAAGCUGACACCAGCAGACAUUGAGAUCCCAAUUCCAAGAUAUUUCCGCAGUGAGCAGCAAAAGGUGCUACAGGACAGAGAGAAGAUGCUAUCCAACGCUCUCCAAUUAAUGGGUGGGGUGGAAAGAACCACGGCUUUGGAAGUGCAUCCACUCAAUUUUGAAGAGGCCAUCAAGCUCAUACAAGUAUCUGAGAGAGCACGACAGGGACGGCUGCGGGCAGAGUUCAUGAGGGACAUCCAGAAAGAUGGAGAGAGACAGAGGAGGACCAAGGAUCGAGUCCUGGGGACGGCUGCCAUAACUCGUGCGGCAGUUAGCAUCCAGAAGGUAUGGAAAGGCUACCAACAGAGGAAGAAAACAAAGAAGGAGAGAGAAGAAGAGAUGAUUUUUCUGGGCAUGGCUCUGGACUCUGUCCACUCCCAACCAUGCUUUUCCUUAAAUGCCGCGCAGGCUAAUGAGGCCUGCAGGAGGCAUCGGCAAAACCAGUAUGAAGAGGACUUCCAGGACGCAGUUAUCGCUACAGCUGACCAGCUUAGAGAAGUGGAGGGGCCUGACAUGAAGGAGACCAUGAAGGACCAGAUCCGGCAGUGGUUCAUUGAAUGCCAUGAUGCAACAGGAAACUUCCCUGACUACCCAGAAGCGGAAGAUGGUGGCUCAGCGCUGAUAUUUUCGGACAAAACCCCUCAGCAGUUGAUAGAUGAACUGGCAGACAAGGAAGAAGAGGACAUCAAAAAGCCAAAAGUAAAGGAUGAGAAAAAGGAUAAAGGGAAAAAAAAUGCAGAACAGGAGGAGGAACCAGGUUUGACAAUGAUGCCAUCAGCUUUUCUAACAGACCUUGACAUCAGCCAGAAAACCUUUUCAGCAAUCUGGCAGAAACGUAAUGAGUCCAAGAACUUCAGCCAGAGACAUGAGGUUGAGCUGAUCAAAGAAGAAAAGAGGAAAGAGCUUGAGGCUGAAAUCAGGCUUCAGGUGGAUGAACUUAUGAGACAGGAGCUGGCUAACUGGAAGCUGGCCAUGAAUAAAGAUAAAGGAGGAAAAACCAAGGGUGCAAAGAAAAAGAAAGGAUCAAAAAGUGGAAAGAAGAAAAAAAGAGACAAAGACCUAACAGCUGAUAGGAGUAUCCAGUCCGUGUAUCAGGAGCUGGUUGAACAGGGCUUACUGAAGCAGGCAGAAGCAAUUCAUUUGGAGGACUAUUUAGGUGACUACAGCUAUCUUGGGACAACUCUACGACAGACGGAUAUCGAACCCAUGCCAUCCUUAUCAGAUGUGCGGCAAGUUCUAGCUUUGUAUGCCGUUUUACCAUUAGGGUCUCAGGCAGUUCACGAGAAAGCGCCACUUGUCAAGGCCAUCUUAUUGGCAGGACCAGCAGGUGUGGGUAAGAAGAUGCUGGUCCAUGCCAUCUGUCAAGAAACAGGAGCCAACCUUUUUGACCUCUCUCCUCAUAACCUGGCUGGGAAGUACCCAGGAAAAACUGGGUUGCAACUUAUGCUUCACAUGGUUUUCAAGGUUGCCAGAUUGAUGCAACCCUCUGUGGUUUGGAUUGGAGACGCAGAGAAGAUGUUUUAUAAGAAAGUACCAAAAGAGGAAAAGGAGUUGGAUCCAAAACGCUUGAAGAAAGAUUUGCCUAAGAUUCUCAAAACGAUCAAAGGUGGAGAUCGCAUUCUUAUUGUGGGCACAACUCAAGAGCCAUUUAAUGCAGACAUCAAAUCACUUUGCAAGGUGUACAGUAAGGUUGUCCUCAUUCCACGGCCAGACUAUGCUUCAAGAUAUGUAAUGUGGAAGCAGAUUAUCAUGAAGAAUGGUGGGGAGGUGACCAAAAUGUUGGACCUCAGCUCUUUGGCCAAGAUCUCAGAUGGUUACACACAGAGUCACAUGGUCCAGGUUGUCCAGUCUGUCUUGACAGAUCGCCGCAUACAACAGCUUUCCAAGAGACCACUGACUGCAUCGGAAUUUGUCAAACCACUGGCCAAGACUGACCCAGUGUUCCAGGAUGAAGAGGAAGCUUUUAAAAACUGGUAUGCUAAAACUCCUCAGGGGCGGAAACGAGCCAAAGCAGCCGCAGGCAAAGAUGGAGAAGAGGAGGCACCUCUGAAGGGAGACAAAGUUGCUAAUAAAAAAUGAAAUAUGUCUGCAACAACAAAAAC